AAAGAGCAGCGAAGCGAAGGAGAAGUGCUGCACUUUAUAUGGAAAGAUUUCCCUAAAACCCAACCAAAAACAUCAUCUUAUCGCCUAAAACCACAGAUCGUGGAUACCACAAGGAAGAGAGAGUACAAGUACUUUAGUUUAGCUCCGUUUUUAUCAAAAUGGUCUCGAUUAGACGGCGAGAACUGUUAUGGCUGUUGAGCAUAUUGAUGUUCGUUCAAAUUCGUUCUUUACUUGGCGCCGACUGUAAACAGGAGGAAAUCAAAUACGAGUUUACUGAGUGUGAUUCGAGUGACAAAAGAUGGCGAGUUGCUGUUCCAAAAACGCCCGGUUCCUGUGAAGUCAAAGAAAACCCAACGAGACAGGAAAAAUGCACAUUUUCCUGUGAGCCAGGAAACUACCUUGACAUAAACAGUGCAAAGCUUGAGUGCAAAAAGUGCCCUGUUGGUCAUUACAGUGUUGGUGGUGGAGUUCGUUUUACCAACUGGGAUAAGCUUCCUGCUGGCUUUGAGUCUCAUUCAUCGGAAAUGCAGUAUCGAAAUUAUGGCUAUGACAAUGAGUUUUCAAAGUCAAAAGGAGCUAACUGUUCAGAGACUGGAUGGCUGGCUCUUGGAGAUAGUAUUGCUACAACAGGAGAUGGAUGUACAGCACAGCUCUCCUAUGCUGUAACAUUGAAGAGAGAUGGACAUGUGAAGUUCAAGUACCACUUUACAGAUAGAAUUUACACUAUUUUCAAAGUCUUUCUUCGUAAUGAUCAGUGCAGAUCAUCAGUCUCAACAAGUGACAUUUACCCACGAAACACUUUAGACAAUCAAUGGCUUGAAAAAAAGAUUGAGCUGAAGGCUGGCCGCAAUCUGAUUACCUGGGAGGUUAGUGCUAUCACAGGGUAUGGUAGUAGCCAUGAGAAGAGAGACCCUGUCUACAUCAGUGAGAUUGAAGUGCAAGGCGUUGCAUAUACUUCAGAAUGCCAGAUGUGUGAACCUGGUACCUUUGCUGAAAAAGAAGGAUCUGGAUUCUGCGAAGUCUGUCCAAAAAAUACCUUUUCAAGCAUUGGUUCUUCAAAGUGUUCCAAGUGUAAUGAAGUGACUGAAUUUUCAGUCUCUGGCUCAGCCAAUUGCACAGAAAGAAAACCAUGCACCCAACAAGACUAUUACGAUUCAAGAAGUGCCUGUGACAACGACCACAAAACACAGAUCAAAUAUCAGUGGAUUGAACCAAAGAUCUGCCGUGAUGAUGUCAAAGGUGCUGUAAAACUGCCAGCAUCAGGUGCUAAAGAAGACUGCCCUCCAUGUAAUCCUGGUAUGAGGAUGAACGGCACAGAGUGUAUCUUCUGCCCAGCAAACCAUUACAGUGAUGGAAAACAAGAUUGUAAAGCCUGUGCAGUCUCAACUUCUGCUGUCUAUGGAUUCGAUCUCAAGUGGUGGAGAAAUAUCCCACCUCAUAUGAGAGCUUCGUGCUUUUCAAUUUCAGACCGUGGAUGUACCAAUCGUCAAGGCUGGCAGCCUCAAGGUAAUUUCAUAAGCAGUGGCAUCAACCAUGGUGAUGACGUCUACCUGGUACUCACACUCACAACAAAAGGAUUUGGAGCUCCUCAGUCUAAGAGAGGCACAUUUGGAGAGAUCAGCUUUACUUUUGAAUUGGUCUGUCAAGGAGAUUGUGUUUUUAGGUUCAAGCAGAAUCAGUUAUACAAAGGACAAACCCAAAUUGAGACCUGGAAAGGGGAACACACAAAGACAAAAUAUCGAUACUUCAUAACAUCCCAAAGCAAAGUCACCUUCAAAUGGACCUUCCAAAAAGUACCGUCGGAGUUUGAUUUGGAUGGCAUGACACAGAACUAUCCAAAUGACAGAGUAAUAAUUCAUUCCAUUAAUGUAACCAAUACCAUCGAUGGUGGAGCAGCUAAAUGCAAGAGCUGUCCUGUUACUUCCAAUUCAAACUCUGGUUGCGUGGCAUGCCCAAGUGGUUACUAUAUUGACGAGAAACAAAAGAAGUGCGUUGCGUGCCCAAAAAACACCUAUCUUGAUGUUGCUAAUCCCUAUGGACUCAAGGCUUGCAAGCCCUGUGGUCCAGGUCUUAUAAGUGAUGAAGCGUCAACAUCUUGUCACUCUAACUGUAAGUUCAUGUCAAAGAAGCACAGCAGAGAAUUUGAUUUCUCAGAGCUACAAGGACAAACUACUGUGAGAGCAGCACCAUCAUUCACCACCCGAGGAUCACGUUACUUCCAUGUAUUCAGGCUAAACCUCUGUGGACACCCUUAUAAGGAAGCCAUCUGCCAUAGUAACAUCAGCGUUAACACAGCAGAGAAGGAAAACUUCAACUUAUCAUCAAGUGUUUGUCGCUUCACACUGAUUCCUAACCGACAAGGAGAACCAUUGGCAGCCCAGCCUAUUAGACUUGGAGAAGAGCUUGGUGGGAUCUAUGAAGAUAGUGUUCAUGUGAAUGAGACUUCUGCAUUUGAAGAUGAAGGUCUGAUAACAAACAUCUCAACUUACUUCUCGUAUCACUACCAUUCGCACAGGCCAACCGGUGCAUGUAAGAAUGGUAGGACCGUGUUUGUCACUUUACUUUGUGAUCACACAGCUCCUGAAAAGGGUGUUAUUCAACUUCCAGCAAAAUGCCCUGAUGGUACUUGUGAUGGCUGCAAAUUUCAGUUCUUGUGGCGCACUAAAUAUGCUUGUCCCAAGUGCUCUGUUGCAGACUACAAGAAAGUCAUGGGAGCUUGUGUGCAAGGUGGGACAAAAACAACUAGUUAUAUGUGGAAACAACCAAGGAUUUGCCGUGAUGGUGUAACCCUACCAGAAGAGUUCAAAGAGAAAUGCAGCAUCCUUGACCAGACGGUUGCCUCGGCUAUGAAAGACUUCAAGAUUGGUAUUGGUAUUGCUGCCUUGCUAGCUGUUUUGCUGGUCUGUUCUGUGUGUUUCCUUUACUUCAAGAACAGAAAACUUACCUACAAGUACCAUCGUCUUGUGGGUAAUGGCACAGGUCACCCAGAUGAACUGCCGGCUGUGGAAAAAUGUGGAAUGGAUGAUGAUGAGGAAGAUGAAGAUGAGGAGAUUCAUUUCAGGCGUGGUGCUAAAGAUCGUGGUAAGAAACUUCUGAAGAGUCUGCGUGGACUGACCAAGAGCAAAAAGGACAAAGUGACCUUCGAUGACGAAGACGAUGGUGGUGACGAAGAGUUCUUUGAAUCUGUUCAACUCGAGGCCGUCAAGGAACCACUCAAAGAAAGGUUUUAAACUGGAUCCAUCUACAGCAGUCUUGCCUUGAUUCCAGGCACGACUACCACCAUAACCGACUGGCUCUAGAACUUCCUACCCAGUCCCUGUAUUCUUUAGUAGUAUAAAUUAACAAUUUUAAAAGUAGUCUAACAAGUAGAAUUAAUAGGAACCUUUAAAUGAAAAACUAGUUUUGCUUUUAAGUCGAUCAUUUUCGGAUCAAGUAUGGAAAAACUGUUAAGACUUACUAAUACGUUUUUACUUCGAUCCAUAACCACGUUUGACAAGAUGUCGGAAAGAGAAAGGACUAACGUUAGUAAACUAGUGUUAGCCCAGAAGUAGGUGCUGUAUAUGAAACACAGAUUUUAUAUGAGUAGAAAACCUCUAUGACUCCCAUCCCUUUGAAAUGGCUUUCCAGUUUCAAAUAGUAUGCAUUGGUUAUAUUUAUAAAUGCAGUGACAAUCCAACUCUAAUCUUAAGACGCAAAGGCCUAGUUGGGAAGCGAUAUGAGAGUGACAAAAAAGAAUAAAGUAUGGUGAGAAAUCUGUCAUCAUAUCUGCAGGUAUUAGUAUAAUUUUUCUUCUCGUGCAUACAGAUUUCCUAAAGUCAAAGUAUUGAGUUGAUUGCGGUUUCUAGUAUGCUAAAAAAUAUCGAAAAACGUUUUUUAAUCUCAUGUUAAAAAAAACUCAAAACUAACACUGAUGAUAAUCAUCGUCAAGCUGAAUAAUAUGAUAUACAUUUGUUGCUUCAAGCUCAGUGGAAGUCGGUCAUUGAGAAGGUCUUUGCCCGAUGGGAAAGCUUAUUAAGAUACGAGUCGAAGGCAAAAAUUUUCACAUAUGGAUCACCUAAAAAUAAGUUAAUCCUAUCACUUCCGAUUAAAAUUCCAAAAUUAACUUAAGAAAAAACCGAAGGCUCCGACCAAGAUAUAUAUAUAUUCCUUUGCAAAAAUUCAUUGUCGACACAUUUGAAAUGCAACAAAUGUAAAAUCUGAUGCCAUAUUUAUUAUUAUCUGGUGGAUACGAAUUCCUGAUAUAUCAUCAUAAUCAUUGUUACGUUACUAUAUUUACAGUUCAUUAAUGAAUGUUACAGCCAUCCCAAACACACGCGUUGCUCUAGCGAUUGUUUCUGUCGCGACGAAGAAGCUUUUGGUGGACGUCAAUCAAGGCGUUUCCAUGACAUUCUAUAGGCACGUGCCCUUAUAGCUUUGUGUUUUCCGACAAUGUUAAUGGAAACGCCUUGUGAUUGACGUCCACCAAAACCUUCUUCGUGGCGACAGAAACAAUCGCUAGAGGGCGCGUGUGAUUGAGAACGGGUGUAACCGUUUAGAAAUAUAUUUGUUCCCAUUUGGGACACGGAGUCAGGGGUGUGUCCUGGAAUGUAUUUCCCUAAUUCAAUACCAAUAAGCAGUUAAUUGUAAGAUAAUAUUGUCACUAUUAUUAUCAAUGUUUCUUUGAUUGCUAUAGAUGGCCUCGAAAAGGAACACUUGCAUUUAACAGAA